AUGAGUGGAAAAGUCCAACUGACGCGAUCUACCACGGUGCUUCUACGUGGGGCGCCUUUGUGCAAUCAUGCCAACGACUCUGCCGAAAGUGUGCUGUUGGUCCUGGCGCCGAAGGCCAUGCAGUCGGAGCGGGUGCGGAUUCGGCUUGAGGAGGAAGAUGUGCAAACUGCAGGUGACCUCCAAGAGCUUGACAAGGAGGAUCUGAAGGAGCUUGGCCUCAACAUGGUUGAGAGGAGACGUGUCCUUCGGUGGGCCUCCAGCCCAUCUCCGAUCGAUUUUCUGGAGAGUCUGCAGCCUCCAGACGAACGCCGAUCUGCCGAAGGGCGGCCGCUUCAAGCUGUGGAGCAG